UACCUAAUCCAUUACCAAUACUAUUAAACCUUUCCAGCAGCACGAUCAUGAUCCAAAUUCCCAUCCCCGAGUCGUCCUCCCCUUCCCAGAUUCCUUAACGCCAGAGCACAGCCCUCUCUCUCUCUCUCUCUCUCUCACACACACACACACACACACAUUUACCUUAGAGGCAAUCACUCUCCGCUCUUCAAUAAUUUCCUGGUGGGCUCUCUCUCUCUCUCUCGCAGCUUGCAGACACAAAACACCUAUUUUUCCGGAUCUGCAAAUUCAUACUGUAGUGUUUUCGUCAGUAUCAGUGUUACAUAUCAACGCGUAAAUAUCAUUGGAGUUCAUUAAAUAUUAUUUAGCAUCUCAUCGGACCUAGCAACUCUGCUCUUACUACUCAUAUGGCUUCUCAUGCUCAGCUUUCAUCUCAUUUUUUUGGGGAUCUCCUUGAUUCCAUUAUUGUUGACGUGGCAUCUGAGUGUCAUCGAAUAGCAAGGUUGGGCCUUGAUCGUAAUUUGGAAGAAGAGGAAGAAGAACUGAAGCUUUCAGCACAAGCUCGGGAAAGGGUAACUGAUCCUAAUAACAGUGGUGAAGCUAAUAGCAAGUAUGUGGUUGACAUAUUUGGACAAACUCAUCCUCCUAUAGCCAGUGAUGUAUUUGAGUGCAUGAAUUGUCAUCGUCCUAUCAUGGCUGGGAGAUUUGCUCCUCAUUUGGAGAAGUGCAUGGGAAAGGGUAGAAAGGCUCGAUUCAAGGGAACAAGAAGUAGCACAGCCGCACAGAACCGGCAUUCACGAGGGAGCCCUGUUUCUACAUACCCUCCUUACCCAAAUUCCACCAGCACAAACCAGUUAUCAAACGGAACAUCCGGUGUUGCAGGUGAGGAGUACUCAAAUGGCACAUUUCCAGAACCAUGAAACAGAUGAGCUUAUCAGGCUAACUUCAGGAUACAGGCGAAUGACCAAAAUACCGUAUACUGGGUAGGGAAAUAUGUUCUUGAUUUUCAUAUGGUGGAAAUUCAUGGCUGAAUACAUUACACGAUUUUCUCAGUUCAAGUUCUUUAGAUGUUUGGACAAAACAAUUGUGAAUAUGAAGCCACAAGAUCUAUGAUGAACUUCAAAGAUAAUUCCUUUUAUCA